AUGAACAAGGGCAAAAAGGGUUAGGCUAAAGAAUCCAAGAAGAAGUCUGGUCAAAGCAAGGCUAAAACUUCUGAUGAGCUUUCAAGAAUUUCAGAGACUGAGGACAUGAGUGAACUAAUCGAGCUAAGCAAGAGUGAUGACCCCAUUGUUAGAGUCAAAGCCGCCUAGCAGAUGUGUCCAUGUCGAGUUCAAAAGGACUUUGAGGAAUUCUGGGAAAGACUCUUUGAGUUAGCCUAGGACGAGGAUGAUAAGGUCAGGUAUCAGGUGCUCCACAACAUGUGUGAUGGCUCACCUGAUGACUAUGAAGAUAAAGUAGUGGAAUGCUUGGAGAUUUUUAACCGAGACCCUGACAAGGACAUUAGACGUAAAGCUCAUAAAGUCAUGGGCUCUUACCUUAGAACUGGUAAGUGGAACGUUCUCUGA